UUUGGGGAUCCAGUGGAUAUGGACAAAGAGAAAUAUGACCAUUCUCUCUUUUUAAAUGGAGAAAGUUGAUGAUUUCAAUGAGGAAAACUGUUAUCUAUGGCAAUUUCUUUUACUACGCUGUACAUCGUGAUUUUGAUCGUGUUUUGUGGAGUUAAUACCCACAAUGCCUCGGAACCUGCUCGUGUAUACAGUUACAACAUGUAUAUACCAGACAUAAGCAGCCAAACAGAUGAUGCUGAUAGUAAGUUCGUGUACUGGAAAAGUCUCGAGAAAGCCUUCCAGGAAAAUCCUGAGGCAAUAAAAUCAGCUCUCCUGAUAAGUUAUUUGAGGAAAAGUUUUCCAACGCGUAUUUACUUGGACAAGUUCGGAAAUCGUUACACAUGGGACCGAAAUCGAGGGUUCGUUCCCGUUAACCAAUACAAUAAUCCGGGAUUCACAAACUAUCCACCGACACCCCUGUUCACAAACUACCAUCAGACGACAAUGUACCCCAACUACCAAACUCGUGUACCUAUGUACCAAAGACCCCCUCCCCCAGUCUUCUGGACUCAGUCUCCCCAGGGAUGGAUUCCGGUCAGUUCGGACCCUUUCUUUGCUUCUUAUACCUCACAUCCCCUUAACAUUAACAACUACUGGUGCGAUCCCACCCUAACAGACUUUAACAAUGUUAUUCCUCAGCUUUCAACGGAAGUCAGCGCGGAGGAUCCUUGCAUGCGUCAACAACUUCCAGACGAAUUUGGAUUAGUCGCGUCUUCUGGAAUGGCCGACAUGCUGUGUGCUCUUUGUCAAACUAUAAAAAGCAUGGAGUGUGUUUGGAAAUUCUGCUCUCAUCCUGAUGGCGUGUAUAAAGUCAAACUAAAUUACUGAUUGAUCACAAGAUCUUGUGAGAUAAAACUGAAUAUACACCGACAUCAUUGAUUAUUUCGGAAUAUCUCUCAUAUUUGAAGAAGUUGUAUUUAGAUAUGUUGCGAAAUUCAAGAUUCGUAGAGAAGUACUAGUAUACAGGUGUAUAUAUACACAGAUCAUAAAUAUGUGUGCAUGCAAAUGUAUAAUUAGAGAGUGAAUGAUCUGUGAGGAGAUUUCUCUGCGUACCUCUAGUUUUCCCAC